AUGGCCAAGACAAGACUCAUCCGUGUUGAUCUCGACGACCAGACUCUCGGCUAUCUCAAAGGCAAGCGGGACCAGGUUGUUGCCGCCACGAGAACCCUGGAGCUCGCUUCUCAGAAUGUCGCCUGGGCCCUCAAGGACUUCCACAGCGAUUACCAGCAGAUCAUUGGCAACGUCACCAAGAUGAGUGAAGAUGAGAUUGCUAGACUCCAGGAGCUCAGCCCCGAUUCCCUGCCACAUCUUUCCAGCAUUAUGACACAGUUCAACGAGAGCCACCAGCAACAGCAGACAAAGCCCAAGCGAGCACGAAGAGACCCCAACAUGCCUAAGAAGCCCAUGACCGUGUUUCUGGCCUUUUCGACCGACCAGCGGGCCGUGAUCCGGGCCGAGCGAAAAGCCAAGGGUCUUUCUGCUCUUGCUAGCUCGCAAAUGGCCGCGGAGGUUACCCAAAUGUGGGCCGACCUGCCCGAGGAGCGAAAGGACCAGUACAGACAGCAGUACCUCGAGCGACUGGCUGAGUACCGAACCAAUAAGGCCGCCUACCUAUACAAUACCACAGGUGUUCCCAUGGAGAAGAUUGCUCUAAUCAAGGCGAAGCCCGAGCCCGAGGCUGAGGCAGGGACCGAAUCUUCCAGUGAGGAGGAGGAAGACGAGUUCGCCGACGCUCUUGAGAACCCUGAAGAUCUCGAAGAAAACGACAAAAAGGAGGAAGAGGAGGAAGAGGAUGACGAGGAUGACGAGGAGGACGAGGAAGAGGUUGAGGAGCCCCCCAAGAAGAAGCGGGCCAAGAAGAGCAACUAA